GUCGGGCGACCCGACGAGCUGGUGUCAAAUGCGCGGGGUUGACGCGUGGAGCUAGGAUGGACUGUAGCGCGCGGGCAAACCUAACGGGUGCAGGAGGACUAAGCGGGGUGACGACUUCGUGGGUUGCUGACAUGGACGAGGGACAUAGAGCACCGCGCCUGGACCGAAUAUGUGGAGCUGCUGAUCAUCCAAGCUUGGAGAACGGAGGUGGAAGGAGACCUUCUCGGAUUUCUAUCCGGAUCGGUGCGGCCCGACCAUCGACAGCUGAUCGUACAGGAACUCACGAUCCUCUCGCGCAGCUGGUCGGCGAUCUCCCUCUUGAUAUCGUUUCGCAGUGCGACGAGAGCCCGGUCCCGCACGUCCUUUCGCGAACUCUGACACCCUACCUACAAUGGUCGGCCUGCCUCGAGGAGCAUGGAGGUAACAGCAACCCGCCAUCGCAACGAGAGUACCUGGACCCGCGGAGGAUAAUCGACCUCGCCUUCGUUCAACCUCCAACGGUCUCCGAAGACGAAGGGCUAACGCUAGAGGAGGAAGAAGAAGAGGGCGUAGAGAAAGGAGACAAGGAGGAAGAAGAGGAAACCUCGAAAGAAGCAGGGAGCUACAACGAAUACAUCGAGGAAGAGUCGGGAGGUGAAGAAGAAGAAGACGAUCAGUUGGAGGAAGAGGGGGAAUCUGAGUGGAAGGCUUUGGGUGACGAGGCGGAUCGUGCAGAGGCUCAUGAGGAGGAUCCCGAGGCGGCGCGAAGGAGAGAGGAGAUCGUAGCCGGGAAGCAGCCGCUGAAGUUCGCAAGUGGAGUGGAUUUGCCGAUCCCGAACGGCCCAGCCAAGGAUCCUGAGCCACCUAAGAACGACGAUGGGGACCUUGCUGCCGAGACUUCGAGCGCACCGGCCCGACGACGACGAAGCCGAUCCCCCUCCCCCUCCACCUCCGCCCGUCCACCAGUUCGAGCUCAUACCGAUGCAGAGCAUCGGGCUUCAUCCCCGGUCCUUAUCCCGUCGUCUCCUUGACCACCUCACCCUCCACCAGAUCACUACCCGCAUCACCUUCCCCUGCAAUCCCUUCCCAAUC